AUGUUCAAGUCCCUUUUCAAGGGUAAGCUCGCUGCGCCAGCUGAAGCUCACACUCAGGAAGCAGCCUUGUCCGAGAUCGACGAAAAAGCGGUCCCGGCGGACGUAGGCGAGCGUCGCCGUGGUAUCGCAAAGAUUGAGGCCCUCUACCGCGUCUUCCCAAAGGGCAGCAAGGCGCUCUGGGCUCUUUAUGCGAGCCUGUUCCUGUAUGUCUAUGCGAACACCCUGGGGAGUUCAACGGUGGACAGUUUCUAUGCGUUUGCGACUUCCUCCUUCGGGGAACAUGCAGUGUUAUCGACGAUCAAUGUCAUGGCGGGGAUUAUCGGUGGUGUUGGCCAACCUUUCGCAGCUCAGCUUGCGGAUACGACAUCUCGUCCGACCGCCUACCUGAUCUCAGUCACGCUCUACACCCUCGGUUUCAUCGUCAUCGCGUCCGCAAAUGGUGUCAGCGCCAUCGCCGCAGGAAUUCUGAUCAAUGCCAUUGGAAGCACGGGAUUGGACUUGGUCACCUCGAUGCUCGUCGCAGAUAUCAGUCCGCUCGCAUGGAGAGGUUUCGUCACCUCCCUCCCUUUAGCUCCGUAUAUCAUCAACUGUUACAUCGCAGGCUUCAUCACAGAUGGUUUAGGAGAGGCUGGCUGGCGCUGGGGAUACGGAAUGUUUGCCAUCAUGGUCCCCGUUGUCAUGUCCCCCGCCCUCGUUGUCCUCUUCUACGCCGACAUCAAAGCCAAAAAACUCCACGUCCUUGAUAACCCCACCGCCGACACGGCCACAGGCCCUGCCGCCGUCAUUGAGAGCCGGUCUCCGCUCCAGGUAUUGAUCAAGAUAUGCUCGGCCAUUGACGCCUUAGGCUUGAUUCUGCUCGGAUUCUCGUGGACUUUGAUCUUGUUGCCAUUCACGCUGUCAGCGAGUGCGGCAGAUGGGUAUAAUAACCCUUCAUUGAUCGCGAUGUUUGUGGUAGGCGGCAUCUUGCUCAUUGCAUUCGCGUUCUACGAGUGGUUCUACGCAUCGAACCCGAUUCUUCCGAAACGUGUUCUUAAUAAGGCAUUCAUCUUCGGUGUCAUCAUCAAUGCGACCUACUACAUGUCCGGAGACUUCUCCGACACCUACUACUCCUCCUGGUCAUAUGUUGUCACAAACUGGAACCUGUAUAAUUGGACGAUCUUUUCCCAGACGGAGACCGUCGGCGUUUGUAUUUUUGGUCUCUUAGCUGGGUUGGCGAUGAGGUAUACGCAUCGGUAUAAGUGGGUCCUCGUGCUUGCCUGGGUCAUCCGUGUCCUCUGCUACGUCGUCAUGUACCACGCUCGUGGGGCCAACGCAACCGCCGUUGGCCUCGCUUGGACACAGAUCCUCAAUGGUGCCGGCGGUGGUAUCUCCCUCGCCUGCGUCAACGUCAUGGUCCAGGCCUCCGUCCCGCAUGAGGACUUGGGUAUUGUAAUCUCGAACCUUUCGCUCUGGACGCAGCUCUUCGGCGCAAUUGGGUCAGCUGUUGCCGGUUCUGUUUGGACCAACGAUAUGCCCUCCAACCUCGCAAAAUACCUCACACCACUCGGCGUGGAUGCAGAUGAGAUCACAGAGAUCUAUGGAUCUAUUACGGACGCGAGGUCUGAAACCGACGAUAUCAGGGCUGGAGUAAUCUCUGCUUACGACGAGACUGUGAAGCCGUUGAUCAUUGCUUCGCUCGCAACUUCCUUCGUCCCGCUCAUCGUUGCCCUAUUGGCUAAGGACUUCUACCUCGGCAAGACUCAGAACGCUGUCGAUGGAAAGCUGCACCCUAUGUACCGCACCGGCGCUGAUGCGGAUCAGGAUGCCUCCCCUUCCGACGCGCACAGUGACCAGAGACAGAGCCAGGAUGAGAAGGUCCCGGUGCAGGAGAAGGAACCGGCAGCCGUCUCAGAGUUGAGAAGGGAGGAUUAG